AUGUCUCCAGAACAUGGAGGCCUGACCUCAGCGCUACCUAGCCUCCCGACCCUCCGAAAACUCCUCCCGCAAAACCUCACACGGCGCACACUCCUCUUGAUGCUCAAAGGCGCCCUGCCACCAACAAUCGUCAUCGCCAUCUACCAAACCGACGCAAUCUCCGACAUCACACUCACAGUCGGCUACCUCUCAGCCCUAAUCUCCGUCCUGUCGCAGGCCCUCACACCGCGCGCAAAAUUCCUCAAAAUCUUCCUCUUCGACUUCCUCGCAACCUGCGUCUCGGCAUCGCUAUGCUGCCUGGCUGUUUUUUGUGCGGUUCGGGCGCGGGAACAUACCGCGCACUCACGCCCGGAUUCUGCGUCCUCGAACAGUACUAGUGGUGAUGGGGGGGACUACAACUCCUCCGCCUGCGCCGUGUCGGGCAUCUGGCUCAUCGUGCUAAUCUGGGUCGCAAACGGGAUCCGCGCGUGGAGGCCGGCUGAGCUCCAGGAUCCCAUGGUUGCAUUCUCGGUCUUUGCGUGCGUGACUGUGACGCGGGCGGGGAUGUUCAUGUCUCUAAGUGAAGGGCUGGGGUUCGUGAGUCGACUGCUCAAGGGGUUCCUCAUUGGGUUUGCGGUUGCCGGGGGCGUUUCGGUGUUCAUAUAUCCGGUUACGAGUCGCGGGGAUGUGGGGAGGGAUGUGGUAAAGUAUGUCACGGGCAUUGAGGGGGUGCUGAGGGCUGAGGGGGAGUUUGUGGAUGGGGUUGAGUGGGAGCAGGGGAUUCCUGGGGGGAGGGGGACUGUGCGAAGUGUGCGAGAAGGAGCAGAGAAUCCCAAUUUGGGUGCCAAGUUGAUGAGGGUAAACAAGCUCCAGUCCGCCAUAACGAGUCUGAAUGCUCUACACGGAAAGCUCCAGUCGGACCUUUCCUACUCCAAGGAUGAGAUUGCUUGGGGGAAGCUCUCGGCUAGCGACCUUGAUCGCAUCGGCGGCCUCUUGCGCAACCUUCUUUUGCCGCUUUCAGGAAUGGCGAUGCUUCCUGAUAUUUUGGACUUCAUUGUUGAAGAUGAAGACGGGUUAAGUGAGAUGGGCGAGGGGCCACAGGAGCCGGUGGAGACCCACCAAGUGGCUCGCUUGAUGAGGAGUAAGCUUCUGGAAUGUGAGGAGCUGGUGAAUGGUGGGCUGCAGCAUGCCCUUCUGCAGUUGGAGAUGGUGAACCCGAAGAGCCUGGAACGACGGCACAAACAAGGUGACGAUGAGGCCACAGUGCCGAGUCUGGAUCCUGCUUGCGCUGACUUUGCUUUGUUGUUUCACCAGAGGUUGGAGGGGUAUAAAAGUUCCCAGUCGAAGGACCUCCCAGUGGCCCUCUCUGAGUGUGAGAAGACGAGUGAUGCAGCUUUAGAGCAGCAAAGAGUCCCAGCCAACGCCGAUAUCAGGCAGGAGCUCUUUCUCAUUCUCUACAUGUCGCAGCUGCAAGAGAGUCUACUGACGGCAACAGCAGACUUCAUGCGCUUUGCCCACAGCAAGAUCGCCGACGGCACAAUGAAACGAAACAGGCUCAUAUACCCCAAAAUAUCACUCCAUAAGUGGCUCUCAAUCUCAAGGAAACCAGACGAUAAGGACCAGACCCCCUAUACACAGAACAAUGCACACGAAGAAUAUCCAGACCCCGAACACCUCCCUCCCAGGAACCCCUGGGAGAAAGCAAGCACAAUCCUCCGGUACAUCUCCCACCUGAUCAGAUCCGAAGAAAGCAUCUUCGGAUUCAGAGUCGCUGCCGCUUCAUUCUGCGUCGGAAUCCUCGCAUACCUCCACCAGACACAAGACUUCUUCAUCCGCCAGAGGUGCAUUUGGGCAAUGAUUGUGAUUGUCAUCGGCAUGAGUCCGACGAGCGGACAGACAUUGUUGGGGUUUGUGACGAGGAUCGCUGCGACGGUUGUUUCGCUUGCUCUUAGUCUGAUGGUUUGGUAUAUUCCUGACCAGAAGACGGCGGGGGUCCUUGUGCUUUUGUACCUGGCAAAUGUGUUUGAGGUAAGCCGAUCACAGAGUGUAAAGAGCGUGCGUAUUGACGUGCAUAGUACUAUUUCUACAUCACACAACCGCAGCUCUUCGGACCCUCGGUGA